ACAAUGAUGGUAAAUAUUACCAAACAUCCACUCACUACUCCAACUACCCAACAAAUUUCAGAGCUAUGCAUGUGAGUAGUUAUGUCGGUUUCUCGCAAAAGACAGAUCAAAUGGCAUAAGUAUAAUCAUUUUAAAUUAUAAUCUUGCAUUAGUCAACUAACUGAAACAGUUAUAUAUAGAGAGGAUGAGGAGAUGCAUUGGCAUAGAAAGAGCCAAUAAGAGAGAUACUCGCAAAGAUAGCCAGUGAUCGAACAUGGCUCUGAGAAUUGCAAGUGCAUUGGUCAUGCUUUUCACAUUGCUCAUCUCCGACCUCGGAGGUUCGGCGGCUUUCUAUGGCGGAGGCGACGCCUCGGGUACAAUGGGCGGCGCUUGUGGAUAUGGAAACCUGUACACCGAUGGUUACGGAGUGAAAAAUGCAGCGCUGAGCACCGCGCUGUUCAACAGCGGAGCUUCCUGUGGCUCCUGUUAUCAGAUUGUCUGUGACGCUGCGAAGGACCCGCAGUGGUGCAAGAGAGGCACGUACAUAACAAUCACCGAAAAUUUCUGCCCGCCGAACUACAAUUGCUCCGAGUAACAACGGCGGGUGCCGAGAAAGCAUUUCGACAUGUCUCAGCCUGCUUGGGAGACCAUCGCCAUAUACCGCGGAGGAAUUGUCCCCGUGUAUUACAGAAGGGUUCGGUGCGGGAGGACUGGGGGCGUGAGAUUCACGAUCAACGGAAGGAACUACUUCGAGCUGGUUCUGGUGACCAAUGUAGGAGGAAGCGGGGUUGUGUCAGCAAUGUGGAUCAAAGGUUCGAACACAGACUGGCAAACGAUGAGCAGGAACUGGGGGAUGAACUGGCAGAGCUUCUCGUACCUCAACGGACAGAGCCUGUCCUUCAGGGUGCAGACCGACGACGGAAGGGUCAAGACCUUCUACAACGUGGCGCCCUCUAAUUGGCAGUUCGGUCAGACCUUUUCGACGUCGUACCAGUUUUAGUCACUUGUUGUCCUGCAAACACAGAGUAGGAGCCAUCAACAGCUUGUUUCCAAUUGCUAUGCCCAUACUCUCUUUUUUUUUCUCUUUUUUUUUUUUUUUGUGAGUGUGUGUGAUGUCUGAGGUUUGUGUUACUUGGAUUGUGGCUAAGUAUUGAAGUUAGCCCACCAAAAGUAACAUGGAUACAAGGAAUGAGUGGUGUGCAAGUAUUUGAAGAGGUUAUGGUGUGUAUCAUACAGCAGUUGCUUUAGAUGUUUUAGGUAAAGCAACCUCCCUGUACAAAGAUGGCCUUUUACAAGUUGAUU